UAAUCAAUUCGCGGCUUCUUAUAAAAGCCGCAACGGAGUUCUGCGCGAGCAGUUGAGUACCAGAACGUCGCGUAGAAAUUCAAAUUUUAAACGUUUCCUUGUAGACACGAGUCUUCAAAAUAGAACUCAAAUAUGAGAAUAAUCGUUGAAGAGCACCCUAAUCUGCUGGAUGUGUCCGAAUUGCUGCGGCCGGAGAAAAAUUUUGCCGAUAAAGAACUGUCCAAGUUUCGCGACUACACCAUCGAUGACAACGAUCCACUGAAAGAGCGGGUUCGACGCACCUACAAGUUGAUGCACACAAACCAGACGGUAGAUUUCGUUGAAGGCCGUCACGCGGACUGGUUGAAGUUCGACCACUUCAGAGCCAACAUUAGGGAGGCGUUGGAGAAACUCAACGAUUUGGUAGAUGAAUCGGACCCAGACCUGGACCUGCCAAACAUUAUCCAUGCCUUCCAGACGGCAGAACGCGCACGGUUGGAACAUCCUGAACUGGACUGGCUUCAUCUGACCGGAUUGAUCCAUGAUUUGGGUAAGGUGAUGGCCUUCUACGGCGAACCACAGUGGGCCGUAGUCGGUGAUACAUUUCCGGUCGGUUGUGAAUGGGGCGAGAGCAUCGUCUACCGGAGUGAUAGCUUCGUAGAUAAUCUCGAUGGAAAGAAUCCUAAGUAUAACACCAAGUGUGGAAUGUAUGAGCCCAGCUGUGGGUUGGGUAAUUUGAUGAUGUCUUGGGGUCAUGACGAGUACCUAUACCGGGUGCUUGUACAUAAUAAAAGUACACUGCCCGAGCAGGCUUUAAAAAUGAUCCGUUACCACUCCUUCUAUCCGUGGCAUUCGGGAGGUGACUAUAAACACCUAACCAACGAACAGGACGAACAAACGAAGGAAUGGGUUUUGCUUUUUAAUCGCUACGAUUUGUACACAAAAUGUACAACCGUUCCUGAUGUAGACGCCCUUUGGCCGUAUUAUCAAAGUUUAAUCGACAAGUACAUGCCGGGGGAACUUGCGUGGUGAACUCAAUGCUGCUUUUAUCUCCUCUGUGCCAAAAUUUGAUUUAAAUUUAUCGAAAUGUUGAGACAAACUGUAAGAUAUACAAAAUUGUAUAUUAGAUAUAUUAUUGGAACUGGUGAAUGUGACGUUAACAGUUAAAUAAAUUAUUUUCAAUAUUAUACCCGUUUCAAGGUGAA